CCCUCCCCUUCCUCUGCCAUAACUCACUCACCUCAAAGAGAAAAACAGAACUCAAAUGAAUGCUCAAGCUGAGUACUCUUUCAAACUGUCCCCAACUCAAACUGGGUCUUCUUCUUCCACUUCUUCUCUUGUUAGCAGUGUGGUUGAUAACCCUUCUCAUCAGCUUCCUGAGAUAAGCCUGAAAACACCAAUGGUUAGGCCUUAUGUUCGAUCAAAAAUGCCUCGCCUUCGUUGGACUCCAGAUCUCCACCGUUGCUUCGUGCAUGCAGUUCAAAGGCUAGGAGGAGAAGACAGGGCCACACCAAAGUUGAUUUUGCAGAUAAUGAAUGUAAAGGGGCUUACUAUAUCUCAUGUUAAAAGUCACCUUCAGAUGUACAGGAGCAUGAAGCAGGAGCAGUUGAGUCAAGCAGCAAGGAAGAAGGAUAUGGCACCUGCAGAUUUCUCCUUCCGACAGAAUCCUCUUCACCUGAGGACUAGUGGAGCUCCUCAACGUACGGAAGAGCAUUCCAGCACACAACCUCAUCAAAGGAGUCCUUAUGAGAAGGAAUCUUACCAUGGAAACCAAGGGAGUGAACCAAUUAUAAUUUGUAAAGGCGAUGAACAGAAGAAGACGCACUCGUACAUCAGCUUUGAGGAUCUUUUCAGAAGCCACACCACUGUCCAGGAGAGCACAAAUCCUCCCGAAAUGGUGUCACUAGGAGGUGCCUGUUACAAAAGCAACCAACAAAGAUUCGAAGAUGUAAACAAGAUAGGAGAGAGAGCGGAUGAAGACAGACUUUCCCUGUCAUUGAACUCAAGAGGUUUUCAUCCAUUAUUCUCCAACCGGAGCGAUCCAAGUCCAGACAAAAAUGAUGUCUCUCUUGAGCUCACGCUCGCUUAGAAUCAUGCAUAUACAUAAGAAUCAAGCCUUGUCUCAUUCCUAGCUAUAAUUAACUUCAAUACAAAAUGUGAAUGACCUUUGAAGAAUUGUAAUAUUAGCCCCAAUUCAGUUCAGUUUACUUUGUAUGUGCCCAAC